AUGUCGUCUUACCAACACUCGCCGCAGGAUGAGGGCUAUAGCGAGGACCCGUUGACUGUUGGAUCCGUUUCUGGGUCUGCCGUCGCCCCCCCUUGGGUGCAGAAUAUGCCCGUGGCGGAACGGACUGAAUACGUUAUGGGCAUCAUCAACCAACUACCCACGUCCGAGGUAUGCGAGAUCGUUCGACGUCUUCGCCCCCGUCUCUACAUAAAUUUCUUCCAGUACCUCCCCCCGGAGGUAUGCCUGAAGAUUCUCGGAUUUCUCGAUCCCCUAUCCCUCAUCAAUACAGCUCGAGCAUCGCGGGAAUGGAUGCUGCUAGCUUUGGACAGAAAAUUAUGGCAGCAGUUGUAUCUCCUUGAAGGUUUUCGGGUCAUUGAAUCGGAGGUUCAGAAGUUCGAGGCUUCAUUAAACGAGGAUCAGUCAAGAUCAGAUGAGAAAAUCGCCGAUGAGCACGAACGUAAGAGGAGGGCUACACCACAACGUAUUCUUCCAAAUCUGGGAGACGGUGAUUCCGAGAUGGUGGAUAUCGAUACCGCGACGGGUAACCAGCCAUCUCUCUUCGGGCCCUCAACCAGUCGGCAAAUCUCAAAACAGCCCAAGCCUGACGAUGACGAGAAUAUGGUAGACCUCUCUGCAUACCAGAACACCAAAUCCAUGCAGUAUCCAAGUAGACCUGCGAUUACCCGAGCACCUCUCCAAGACCGAACAAACCACCGCAUUUCAGCUGGCUCAGCACGCCCGAAGAGUCCAGGUCCCAUAUCGAGCAUAUCAUCGUUAGUCGUAUUAGACCGGAGUGACAACAAGAAAAAGUUGAAUUGGCAGUACCUUUAUUCUCAGAGGAGACGGUUAGAAGCCAAUUGGGAAACAGAGAAAUACACCAAUUUUCAACUGCCACACCCAGACCACCCUGAGGAGGCCCACAAAGAAUGCAUUUACACCAUUCAACACUCCGGAAAAUACUUGGUUAGUGGCAGCAGGGAUAGAACUCUCCGAAUAUGGGAUCUCGACACCCGGCGCCUGGUAAGGCAGCCGUUGCUUGGACACUCUGGCUCAGUCCUGUGCCUUCAGUUCGAUGCUGACCCCGAAGAGGACCUGAUUGUUUCUGGGAGUAGCGAUGCCACGAUAGUUCUUUGGAAGUUCUCCACCGGACAGAUCAUCCAGCGCUUAAGAAAAGCGCAUCGAGAAUCGGUCUUGAAUGUUAGAUUUGAUAAGCGCGUUUUAGUCACCUGUUCAAAGGACAAAACCAUCAAGGUUUUCAACCGUAAACCCCUGCACCCUGGGGAGCUGGGAUAUCCAGAUACGUUCCAAGGGGUUAAUCCGGUGCCAACAUAUCUGAACAAUUAUGGCUUCAACCCUGCACCGACGGCUGGACUCCCCGUUAGACCGGCUUAUUCCAUGAUAGCAUGCUUGGAAGGGCAUGGAGCAGCAGUAAAUGCUGUACAAAUCCAUGGCGAUGAAGUUGUAUCCGCUUCAGGCGAUCGCACCGUCAAGGUGUGGAAUUGGCCGGAACAGGUAUGUAGACGGACCUUCAUCGGCCAUACCAAAGGCAUCGCCUGUGUUCAAUACGAUGGACGUCGGAUCGUUAGCGGAAGCAGUGACAAUGAGGUGAAGGUUUUCGAUAAAGAAUCUGGCCUCGAGGUUGCAAGUCUCAGAGCUCACACGAACCUCGUCCGAACUGUCCAGGCGGGAUUUGGGGAUCUGCCUUAUAGCGAAGAAAAGGACAGAGAGGAUGCUAAGAAAACUGAUAAUGAAUAUUUCAAGGCGCUUGAUUCAGGAGCGAUCAGCCAGACUGGUUUUCAACGAGGCCGGCCUCGGAAUGCUGGUUCGAGGAAGCCUGAGGAUAUCACUGCAUAUGGUGCCAAGCUACCCCCAGGAGGAGGUGGUGGAAAGUUUGGGCGUAUUGUGUCGGGGUCUUACGAUGAGACAAUCAUAAUCUGGCGUAGGGAUAAGGAGGGUGUCUGGAGGGCUCAGCACACUUUGAGGCAAGAAGAAGCUGCAAACGUUGCGUCUAGAGUUGCAACAGAGAGGAGGACAGCUCUCAGGAAUAUGCUAGCUCAACCUUCCCAAGCGCAGGGCCUAGGUUCAGAAAAUGCCCUACCCGAAACCCUACAGCAAGCACCAAACCAAAGUCCUCCAGACGUCAACGCCCACACAUCACCUUUUGCUCCCGGAACUGACUCGUUCUAUCGCCACUUGAUUGACCUUGCUGUUAGUCAAGGACCGGUUGCAUUACGGCAUGCUUUGCAAGUCCACCCUCAAAUUCUUUCGCACGAGUACCUUGGAGAAGCGUUCGCGAACAUGCCAGAAUCAACUCGGCAGGCCAUGAACUAUGUGGUGUCUACGGCUAUUCAUGGCCAGCAGCUGUUGCCAUCGGCAGGCAGCACAGGAGCUGGUUCAACCCACAAUACGCUUGGCGCUCCUGCUCAGGGAACCCAGUCCAACACUCAAGCAUCGACACAAGCCCAGGCCUCAAUGUCAACAUCAGCUCAGGCCCAUACCCAAGCAACUGUUGCCCCGGCCAGCAGUACGCAGGGACCAAUAGUCCAAAAUCCGACCCUGUUAUCUGGCCCAAAUGCCCACGUGGGGACCCAGGUCCCCGCUGCCCCAGCUGCGCCCGCCCCGCCGCACCAUGCGCCACAGCCAUAUCAUCAUGUACCGGCCAACAUGGCCAGAGUAUUCAAGCUACAAUUUGAUGCCCGGAGAAUCAUCUGCUGCAGCCAGACUUCGGUGAUCGUCGGGUGGGACUUUGCGAAUGGAGACGAGCAGUUAAUUGAAGCCAGCAGAUUUUUUGCUCCGAUCGAAUGA